GUUCUGCCCUCUGUUGACCCUCUGCGCAGUCUCUCUCUCUCUCUCUCUAGCCUUGCCUCCUGUUCUUAGGCUCUCAGCUGUGUCUCUCGAGCCCUCAGUUUCCGCGGCCACUAAGAUGGAGAGAAGGGUCAGGGACCCGGAGACGAGACACACUCCCCGACUACUUUCCUUCUCGCACACCCACACAACCCGGUUCGCUUUCACGUAGGUUUCUCUCCUUCGGUCGACCUCGCCGCCCCCGGUCCCUUCCUCUCUGUCCCCCUUACCGUGCUGUGUGCUCCUCCUAGUACGCAUCCUCUACUACCUAUGUACUGCUGCUGCUUCUUCUUCUCCCCCCAUCCCCGUUAAUGCUCUCUCACUCACUCAAGUUGCCUCCUACCCCCCGUCGACCGCACAUGAUGCACUCUCCCACUGCCUGUGUAAUACCCGCUUCCCUCCCCCGGACGAAUUGCUUGGUGAGGUCCAUGAUCCAUGUUCGCCGCUUGUAUAUCUCCAGCCAAUCUCUCAUCCAUGCAGGCAGUGGCUGCCAACUGAGAGCACUCUUACUACGUCUCGAUACAUUUAUACACUCCUCCUCCCCAAGCCUCGCCACUCUUUGCAUGGCAUAUUGUGCCUCUUGACUUACGCUCUCGCUUCCAUUCCCUGCUUAUCUACCUCCAGCAAUAUAUCAUAUUUUGUCAUAUUGCCAUUUGUUUACUCAUACCACUUGGACUGCUUGUUGUUCGACGCCCAGAUCGCCUUUUCCCUGACCGGCAGCCCGGUCUCGCAGAUGUGCCAAACGCACACUAUCUUAUAACAACGACAAGAGUUACUACACCUCAACUUGAACGACACAAGAUGACUGCUCCUAUAACCCAACAACAAUCCGCUCAGGCCAAGGACGCCGCCGCCGCUGCCUCUGUGCGCAAGCGGAGGAGACGGGCUCCCGCCGGCGGCGCCGCCGAUGACUGCUUCACUUGCUCCAAGAGAAGCGUCAAGUGUGACCGCAGACGACCUUAUUGCUCGCAAUGCCUUGAGAUCGGCAACGAGUGCUCCGGAUACAAGACCCAGCUGACCUGGGGAGUCGGUGUCGCCAGCAGAGGCAAGCUGCGCGGUCUGUCUCUUCCCAUUGCGAAGGCGCCCCCGGUCGCCGGGGUUGCGAAGAAGUCGCCCGUACGUCCCCGCGCCAACUCGACAGCCACCACUGGAGGAUGGGCCGACACCGACAACGUUUCUCGGAGAAAUAAGCGCGACGAUGCCGGCUUCUCGCCAGAGCACGUCGUCUCGACGCCUACAACACCCUUUCCCCACAGCUACGACCUUCUCUCCAUGUCACAUCCCGAGCACACGCCCUCCUUGACGGCUGGACACUGGGGCGGUCUCCCAUAUACGAACAGCAUGCCUACGGAUGGGCCCAACUACCGGAAGCUGGGUGCUCACCUGGGCCCCAUUCCCAUUUCGGGAGCUAUAUCUUCGUCGCUUGACUCGGUGAGCGACGCCGACUACAUGUCGCCCAUUAGCCACUCGUACUCGAGAGACGACAUCCCAUUUCUCCACAGCCCCAACGUAAUGUAUGACGGCUACAGCACCCACGGCUCGCCGGUACCACAAAGCCCCAUCUCGGCCAUCCUCAUCGACCAGAGGGGGGCGCCUACGUCGUGCCCUAGCCUCGUGUACGCCCCGUCGGAACAUAGUUCGAGCCUCACGUCGCACAUGGACAACUUCGAAAGUCAGUUGAGUCAGAAACUGAUGCGGGAGUGUGACACUCUGAGCGUUCCCGAGAUGGAUGCGUAUAGCAACAGCUGCAACUCCAACAGCCAUGUCUGGACCUCGCCGCCUCCCGAAGACAUGUCACCGCACCACUCGGACCACCACCAGGCUUCGGCCCAGUGGCCUACCAUGUUCGAGCCGCAGGCCGUUCACGUCAACCCGGAUCUCAUCGCCAAGAUGCCCUUCUUCAUGGACUACUACAAGAACAUCAUGUGCCCGUCUAUGGUCUUCAUGGACGGGCCCGGCAAUCCGUACAGGGAGCACAUCCUCCACCUGGCCUCCAACAGCCAGAGCCUUCAGCACGCCAUCUGCGCCCUGUCGGCCUGCAACCUGCGGAUGAAGCGCCGGCUCAGCCUGGGCCAGGACACGCGCGAGCUCUCGGAGAAGCUCAUGGCCGAGAAGUCGACAGCCGAGUCCAUGGCUGACGCACAGCCCGAGGACCAGUCCCUCUCGGAGGAGUACCAGCACCGAAACCUCGCAGUCCACCUGCUCAACCAGCAGCUCAACGACCCGGCCAAGUCCAGCCACGACUCGGUCCUGGCGACCAUCCUGCUACUUUGCCACUACCGCAUGGUGGAAUCUGGCAUUGCAAAGUUCCACACACAGUUUGCCGGCGUCAAGAAGAUCCUAUCCAUUCGGCGGUCGCAGAACCUUGCGCCCUCGCGCGACUCGGCGUGGAUGGAAGCCAUCUUUACCUACUUCGACGCCAUCUCGGCCAGCAUCAACGACCGCGAGGCCCAGCUCAACUCGACAUUUUACGGCGUCAUGCCGGACGCCCAGCUCCUGCCGCCCGGUGCAGAGAACCUCGUCGGCUGUGAUCGCGAGCUCUUCAAGACUAUCAGCAAGCUCGGCAGACUCAACCUGCUGUCCCAGCACCGCGCCGUCCAGAACCUCGUCGGCGGUCCGGGAGGGCGUAACGUCCCAUCCCGUUCUCAGUCGCCACUCGGUUCGCCCCUGGGCCACGCCUACAAGGGGAGCAUUGGCGGCCUGCAUCAGCAGCAGCAGAUGGGCGACGCCUUCAACAUGCCCAUGCGGUUCGACGGCAACGGCUUCGGCUCGACCCUCGACGACGACGAGUUCGCCUCGUCGUCGCUGUGCUCGUCGGCGACAUACGACGAUCACCGCAACAACUUUUGGCGGGAGUGGAAGGAGGCGCGCGUGGCGCUCCAGAGCUGGGAGUUCGACUCGGCGCGUGUACACGCGUCGCUCCCGUCUCCCGCGACGCCUGCGCAGGUCCGUGACCUCGGGUCGCUGUCCGAGGCGUUCCGGUACGCGGCGCUGCUGUACACGGAGCGGCUGGCGUCGCCGAACGUGCCGUCGACUCACAGCAACUUCCAGAACCUCGUGUCGCAGGUCGUCUACUACGCCACGAGCCUCGAGGCCGCGGGCGGCCAGGCCGAAAAGUUCUUACUGUGGCCGCUCUUCGUGGCGGGCAGCGAGUGCGUCAACGGGCUGCAGCAGAACAUUGUGCGGAGCAAGUGCCGUGACAUCAUGGCACGCUCGGGGUACAUGAACAACCUUGCGGCGCUCGACGUGCUCGAGCGCCUUUGGGCCGGCGAGUGGAAGGACGGCGAGCCCCGGAGCCCCGCGGCGGUCAAGCUCGAGGCGAUGCGCCGGGGCCCGUUUAACUGGACCAGGUGCAUCGGCGGGCCCGGUGUCGAGGUGGAGUGGAUCAUGUUCUAAGAAAGAGGCCUUUCAUCCCGCGGAGGGAGGGAGAGAGAGGGAGAGAGACGGAAAGGCCGGCAGGGAUUCAUAUUGGACUCGGAAGCACGCGAGUCACGCGCAACAGCGGUCUGAAUGCGCGUUGUUUUAUUUUCUUGGUCCUUUUUUUUCCGGGGGGGUUUUUUUUUGUUGCUCGGCGGCAAGCUGGGCUUGUGUCAUGAACUGAUGAGACCGGGUCCGCGGAGUCGAUGGAUCCCAUCUGUAAACCUGUACAAUAGCGCGCGAACCUCUACAAAACUGCAUCGCUUCACGACAUGGAGUUCACAUGGGAGAAGGGAGGGAACGGCAAACGAGGUCUCGGACGGACUCUUUGCAUGAAGGACGACGACCUGGAGUAGAACGGCCAGAAGAGGGAAGGGAGAGGGAAUGGAAGGAUUGACUUUAGCUUCACGGAAUGCAGCAUCACGAGAUAAGAAAAGGAAGCAAAACAGAGGAAAAAAGAGAGAACCAUUUAAAAAAUGAUGUAUCACACGCAAUCUCCAUGUUUCCCUACAGCCUAACCCCUCCGUGACCGACUGAUAGAUGCCUCGGUCCGAGAGUCACUCGUCCUCGUCUUGGGAUUGUGCUCUGUAGAGCCACUGUAGUUGAAUCACACCGGUCCCUCCCUCGUUGGAGGUUGAUGGCGAUGGCGUGCUCCGUCGGCCUCGGCCCUCGACGAUGAUGGUACCUGCAGUCUACACUGCCGGGAACGGCCAGGCGCAGCAGGCGGCGAACGGCGGGCGGAUCCUCCUCGCUCAGGGUCCAGGCUAGGCUUUCGGUCUCCUCCAGGCUUCAGCGUCUCAUCAUGUCGAGCU